AUGUAGCAGGCGAGGGGCAGGUGGGCCCUGUUGUCAGGGGACCACUGGUGUCUCUGGGCCCUCAUCCGCUCCACUGGUUCAUCUGCCAUUUCUUCCCUCCCUUCUCUAACCUUCUCUCACCAAGUCCCCAGGCCUAUCUUUCCUUUCCCUUCGCUUUCACCUGGCCUCCAGCUCUGUCUCCAUAUCCCUUUAAAUUUCAAGAAACAAAUUCCUAACUCCUCCAUCUUUGCUGUUCCUCCCCCCUCCCCGUUCCCAUCCCUUCCUUUUCUGAUUUUUGCCUUCAGCACCAUGUUCUUUUCUAUCUCGAUGACUUCCCCCUCAUCUCCGAUCUCCAUCGCGUCUUUUCCCUUCUCUCUUUGCUUCUGUCUUGACCAGACCCCUCAAUCCGCACCCCCUUGCCGAUUCGCUCACUCUCUCCUCCCCGUCCUCUUCUCCCUUCAGCUCCUCUUCCCUCGCCCUCUCUUCCCAGCGGCUGGUCACCUUUCUUUCUACUCUUGACCAAUCUUUUCCCUUUCAGCCCUUCACACCCCUCACACCUAUUGUCCAUCACCUCAUUCCCUCCCCCUGCUGAUUCUCUGGUAGUGUUCAACAUGCACAUAGAGAUGAGGAAUCCAGUAGACACAGGGUGUCACAUGCUCCUCUCUGGAGACCCUAGCCCCCUGGGAUUCACCACCCUCAGCUUGGAGACUGUGUGCACUUCCUUUCGGAACCAACAUCCAGACUCUCCUAGGACUUUGCCCAGAAGAGCCACAGUUGAGGGGGUGGCUACCUUGGAGCUCCACCUUCUCUCAGAAGGUGCAUUUGGACGGUUAAACAUCCAGCGCAGAGAUCAUGUUCUGGAGUUCCUCUCCCACCUACCAUUUUCUCCCAUUUUUCCGAAAAGGCAGCUAGCUUCUGGGUUUUGUCACAAGAGAAGUGCCUGGCCCUACAAGAGUAAAGGCCGAAAAUCUGGGUCACAGCUGAGGAAGACCUCAGAUACGAAGUGCAGAAUGUGGCCUGCUCUACUGCCGUCCCAACUCUUCCCUCUCUGGCCACUGCUGUUGCUCCCCCUCCCGCCGCCUGUGCAGGGCUCCUCCCCUCGAUCCCCACCAGCCCCGGCCCGUCCCCCCUGCGUCCGGGGUGGCCCCUCGGCCCCCCGCCAUGUGUGCGUUUGGGAGCGGGCUCCUCCGCCAAGCCGGUCCCCAAGGGUCCCAAGAUCACGUCGGCAAGCUCCGCCAGGCACUGCACCUCCUGCCACCCCAUCAGGCUUUGAGGAGGGGCCCCCCUCAUCUCAGUACCCCUGGGCCAUUGUGUGGGGUCCCACAGUAUCUCGGGAGGAUGGAGGGGACCCCAACUCGGUCAACCCUGGAUUUCUGCCCCUGGACUACGGUUUUGCAGCCCCGCAUGGGCUGGCUACUCCGCACCCCAACUCAGACUCCAUGCGGGAUGAUGGAGAUGGACUCAUCCUUGGGGAAACACCUGCUACCUUGAGGCCCUUCCUGUUUGGAGGGCGUGGGGAAGGUGUGGACCCUCAGCUUUACGUGACAAUUACCAUAUCCAUCAUCAUCGUCCUUGUGGCUACGGGCAUCAUCUUCAAGUUUUGCUGGGACCGCAGCCAGAAGCGGCGGAGGCCCUCAGGGCAGCAAGGUGCCCUGAGGCAGGAGGAGAGCCAGCAACCACUGACAGACCUGUCCCCCGCUGGAGUCACUGUGCUGGGGGCCUUCGGGGACUCACCUACCCCGACCCCUGACCAUGAGGAGCCCCGAGGGGGACCCCGGCCUGGGAUGCCCCAGCCCAAGGGGGCUCCAGCCUUCCAGUUGAACCGGAUUCCCCUGGUGAAUCUGUGAUGCCCCCCCCCAUGUUGGGGUGCUGCCAAGCAGGAGGCCAAGUGGCCGGCAUAGCCACCAUCCACUGAGGGGGGGGGCAACCGUGGGGAACUGGGACCAUGGUGGGGGGCUCCCAGCUCCUGCCCUUGCACACCACCUGGAACACUCACUGACCCCAUGGGCAAGCCCAGCCGUUUGCCCUCCAGUGUCUGGGGGCUCCCCCAUUCCCACCCUUGCACAUUCACAUGAAAGCCUUGCACACUCACCUCCACCCUCACAGGCCAUAGCACACAGUCACGCUCUCCAUGCUGCUCUUCUGCUUCGUGUCCCCGUCCGCGUCCGCUCAGCUGGCUCCUAGCUCUCCCCCUCUUGUUACACACGUUGUACCCCCUUUGCAUCUGCUGCGCCCAUCUCAGACCGGGGAUGUGCAUUUCUGGCCCAGUACACGGCGCAGUGCUCACGCUGCCGCAUCCACACCCACUGGUCUCAUUUCUGUGGCCCUUGCAUGCUGCCCUCGAGGUGGGUGGGAGGCGAGCUAGGGGCUCCUCGUGCCGUCUGUCACAGCCCCAUCCCAUCCCAUGCCUUACGUUUCACCGUCCUUCCAUCCCAAGGGCACCGGCACUACUGAGGGCUCCCCGACAGGAACGGGGGUAGUGAGGCCCAACUGCUAAAUUCUGUCAUCUGAAAUAUGGGUUUGGGGGAGUCGCCUGCUGCACCUGAGAAGGGACUCCCAUGUCCUCCCUUCCUUCCCAAGUCCCUUGUCUUGUCUGUCCUGGCUGUCUGUCUGUCUGUCUGUGUGUGUGUCUAUGGACUUCAGAGCCCCCUGACAGGUCCUCCUCCCCCCACUCCUCCCUAAGGCCUCCCUAGCUGUACCUAGGCUGCCAGGGACUGAAGCCAGCUGGUUCACGGCCAUUGAGAGCUCUGCCUCCACACCCACCCUUCUCUUCCCGGGUCCCCUCCCGUCCCCUCUUCCCUCUCCUGCCUCUCCCCCUUUUCCUCUCCUCAGGUUCUUCCCUUUCUCGUUGUUUCUUCCACGUCCCUCCUUCCUCCGACCUGGCUCCUAUGCUGUGAUAUAUAUUUUUGUAUUAUCUCUUUCUUCUCGUGGUGAUAAUCUUGUGGGAUGUAAGUUUCAAAAUUUUCAAAUAAAGCCUUUGCAAGAUAA